AUGGAGGUUAAGAUUGGAAAGGAUGUUGCGCUGCUUACGGCACAUAAGACGUAUCGUGAUGACGGAGAAGACAUGGUGAAAGCGGUGGCGACGUAUGUGCCUUUCAUGAACUAUGUGGCUGCGUGUGAGUCAAGUGGGCUGGUGCCUUCUGCGUUUCUCGUACGCAACGUCCGACACAUUGCACGGCGUGUUGUAGGGGUUAUUAUGGACGUGGAGUGUAACACACCCACUGGAAAAAUUGUUCAACCUGUCGAGAUGUCUGAUUUUUCUCCCGCAAUACUUCUGCCUGUUGUCAUUGUGGAGACUGUGAGGUACGCCCUACUUCUUCAACGCCGUUGCGUAGCCGUCGGAUGUGGCCUCACCACCGAGGCAUUCUGCGGUGCGAAAGACAGUGGUGACAACAUAACGUGGCAAAACCACGAACUCCUCACUUCUGCUGGAUUUGACCUAAGGGAUGUGAGAAAGUUGGGGUUUGGUGAAUACUCUGUGGGAAACGAGGGUUUGCCGCCAUACACGUUGCACACCAUUAAGAAGGGGAUGUCGUCUGAAGAGUUUGAGCAGCUUCAGAAGAUUUCCGCAGGGACGGCAGAUGCCUCACUUUUCGCGGUGCGUUUAGAGGAUGUCAUGUCUUCUGUAAACGACGCUAAGGCGGGUCUUGCGGCGUCUGUAUUACUGCUUGAGUCAUAA